AGUGGGUACAGUGUGUGGACGCAGGCUGCAAUUCCCAGCUUUCCAGUGUGGAUUUAUAUGCACAGAUUUCCGUGGAAGUGUGAAGCAAGAGAGGAGGGUGGCGAGCUUUUCAGGAACCGACAAAACAGACGUAAACAACUUGACUUAACAUUUUAAGGCAGGCUGAGAGUUUUCGGACUUGUAGGGAAGCAGUUGACGCCGGUUAGAAGGGCUGUGGCCAUGGCCGGAGGAGGUGGUGGUGGCGGCGGGCUUUCUCCACUCGGGCCCGCACCACCGAUGUGGUAUCACCGGGACCUGAGUCGAGCUGCGGCCGAGGAGCUGCUGGCUCGCGCCGGGAGAGAUGGCAGCUUCCUGGUGCGGGACAGCGAAAGUGUCAACGGGGCUUACGCUUUGUGUGUACUGUUUCAGAAGCAUGUCCACACAUACAGGAUACUCCCAGAUGAAGAUGGAUUUUUGGCUGUGCAGACGUCACAGGGUGUGCAGCCUAAGCGGUUUAAAACAUUACCAGAGUUGGUGUCAUUGUACCUCCAACCCAGCCAGGGUCUGGUGACCACCUUGCUUUUCCCUGUUGACCGAGAGGAAACCACUAUCCUCGAUGACCGCGACUAUUCAGAUGGCGAGGAUGAGAAGCCACCUCUUCCCCCACGCUCAGCCUCCACUUCUACUCCUCCUGGAUCUGACAUGCCCACUGACAGUCCUCCAACAGCGAAUGGCCUGAGCACCAUCUCCCAUGAGUAUCUGAAGGGCAGCUAUGCUUUGGACCUUGAAGCUGUCAAACAAGGAGCCUGCUCGCUGCCUCACCUUAACAAGACACUGGUGUCCUCAUGCAAGCGACUCAAUGGGGAAGUGGAUAAGGUCCUGUCUGGUCUCGAGAUCCUGUCAAAAGUGUUUGAUCAGCAGAGUGCCUUCAUGGUGUCAAAGAUGAUCCAACAGUCAGUAAAUCAGGGUGGAGACCAGGAGUUGGAGAACCUGGUGACCAAGCUUGCCAUUCUCAAAGACCUGCUGUCUUCCAUAGAGAAGAAGGCUCUGAAAGCUCUUCAGGACAUGAGUUUGUCCUCCCCGUGCUCCCCUCCUCCUCUCUCCAUGCGUCAUAGCAAAGCCAUCCCUGUGCAGGCCUUUGAGGUCAAACUGGACGUCUACCUGGCAGAGCUGACUAAGAUAGGGAAGAGUCAGAAGUACACACUGUCCGUAGACGUGGAGGGAGGGAGACUUGUAGUGAUGAAGAAGGUGAAGGACAGCCAGGAAGACUGGACAACAUUCACACAUGACAAAAUCCGUCAGCUGAUCAAGUCUCAGCGGGUGCAAAAUAAGCUCGGCAUUGUUUUUGAGAAAGAAAAGGACAAGAACCAGAGGAAAGACUUCGUAUUUGCUAGUGCCAAGAAGCGGGAGGCCUUUUGCCAAUUGCUACAGUUGAUGAAAAACAAACAUUCCAACCAGGAUGAGCCUGACAUGAUCUCUGUCUUCAUUGGCACCUGGAACAUGGGCUCAGUGCCUGCACCCAAGUCUGUGGCUUCCUGGGUAUUAUGUCGAGGACUUGGAAAGACUCUGGACGAGAUGACCGUCACUAUCCCAAAUGACCUGUAUGCGUUUGGAACGCAAGAGAACUCUGUGAAUGAUCGCGAGUGGGUGGAGUCGAUACGGGCCAUGUUGAAAGAGCAAACGGAAUUGGAUUAUAAACCGAUAGCAGUGCAGACGCUAUGGAACAUAAAGAUUGCUGUGCUUGUGAAGCCGGAACACGAGAACCGCAUCAGCCAUGUCGGAAUGUCCAGUGUUAAGACCGGCAUCGCCAACACACUUGGUAACAAAGGUGCUGUUGGUGUUUCUUUCAUGUUCAAUGGAACAUCUUUUGGUUUUGUCAACUGUCACUUGACUUCAGGGAAUGAAAAGAUUGCAAGGAGGAAUCAAAAUUAUCUCGACAUUCUACGCCUGCUUUCGCUUGGAGACAAACAACUAAGCUCAUUUGACAUUUCACUGCGCUUCACACAUCUGUUCUGGCUGGGAGACCUCAACUACAGGCUGGACAUGGACAUACAGGAGAUACUUAACUACAUAAACAGGAAGGAGUUUGAUCCACUCCUGAAGGUGGACCAGCUAAAUCUGGAGAGGGAGAAGAACAAAGUGUUUCUACGUUUUGCGGAGGAAGAGAUCUCCUUCCCACCAACCUACCGAUAUGAACGUGGUUCAAGGGACACCUAUGUUUGGCAGAAGCAGAAAGCAACUGGGAUGAGGACUAAUGUUCCAUCCUGGUGUGACAGGAUCUUGUGGAAGUCUUACCCAGAAACGCAUGUUGUUUGCAACUCCUAUGGGUGCACAGAUGACAUUGUGACCAGUGACCACUCCCCUGUGUUUGCAACAUUUGAGGUGGGCGUGACCUCACAGUUUGUCUCCAAGAAAGGACUUGCAAAAUCUUCAGAGCAAGCUUACAUCGAGUUUGAGAGCAUUGAGGCCAUAGUGAAGACUGCAAGCAGAACCAAGUUCUUCAUCGAAUUCUACUCAACUUGUUUGGAAGAGUUCAAGAAGAGUUACGAGAACGACAGUCAGAGCAGUGACAAUGUCAACUUCCUCCGUGUGGGCUGGUCCAACAAACAGCUGACGACGCUCAAACCUCUUCUGUCGGAGAUCGAGUACCUGCAGGACCAACACCUGCUGCUCACUGUGAAAUCCCUGGAUGGAUAUGAAUCCUACGGAGAGUGCGUGUUAGCGUUGAAGUCGAUGAUUGGCAGCACAGCGCAGCAGUUCCACACCUACCUGUCUCACCGCGGGGAGGAAACGGGAAAUAUCAGGGGAUCAAUGAGGGUUCGAGUCCCUUCUGAAAGGAUGGGAACCAGGGAAAGACUUUAUGAAUGGAUCAGUGUGGACAAAGAUGAAACAGGUAUUCCCAAAGGGAAAUCCACCCAGGCAUCCAGAGUGGGACAUGAAUAUGUGAAGCCACCUUUGGUUCGUAAGCAGCUAGGAGAGCUGGGAAAGGUCAGUGAAGAGCUAGAGAAGACCAGCAAGGAGGAAACGGCUGCGAGGCCUAAACAGGAUUCUGACGGUGAUCCAUCUGUUGGCAAGAACAGCUACAAUAACCCUGCCUACUACAUCUUGGAGGGUGUUCCCAAUCAGUCAGCCGCUGCUAUGCCAUCCGAGCUUCUCCCAUCACCCACCACCCCCACCCCCCAGGCUACGAAAGCUCUCCCUCCUGUGGCUGUAGCUCGGACCAAACCACCCUGCACCCCCGCCGCACAGUGCCACCCACGCAGACCCAUGACAGGUCAUUCGGUGCGUGCCAUCAGUGAGGAGGGGUCUUCAGAGGACGAUGGAGGAGUGUGUGUAGGAGGGGCACACGGGGGAACCACGGUGGGGAGCACACUCAAUCGCCCUCCUCCGGAUUUCCCACCCCCUCCUCUUCCAAAGGGAGCGAUGGAGAUGACCAUAGAGGCACCUUUCUUGAAGCCUCGCCCACUUCACCCAGAUCUAGCUGAGGUCAAGAUCCCUGCGACUGGUCCUGGUGCUCCGCUGGCCAUUGGAGAAAGUUUCAGGCGAGGAGGAGGAGGCAGCGCCGCCGUUGGAGGAGGGGCAGCACUGGACGACCAAUCUUGUUCUGUGCUUCAGAUGGCAAAGACUCUGAGCGAGAGCGAGUUUCCCGGACAACCUCCACGAGCUCCCUCUGCACCACCUCCUCUCAGGGGGCAGGCUAUGGGUUUAGGUCUGGAGGCCUGCCGCACCUUCCCGCCCAGAAAUGCCAUCACAGAAAGUAUCGCUGAGGACCUUCCUGAGGAGGCUUUUUGGGGUAGCAGUAGUUCGUCGUUGUCUGUGGGGGAGUCUUCAGUGGGGGAAUGGCUGCAGAGACUGGGACUUGAGCGGUAUGAGCAGGGACUGCUGCACAACGGCUGGGACGACCUGGAGUUUCUCAGUGACAUCACAGAGGAGGACCUCGAGGAGGCAGGAGUGCUUGACCCCUCCCACAAGCGUAUCCUGCUGGAGAGUCUCAGACAACAACAGAAACUGUAGCAAACAACGGCUUAAUGGCCGCUCUAAAGCAGCCCUGAGUGGGCAUUGUGCCAUGUGAUGUCCGACAGUGCCUCCUGAGAGAACGUGUACUUGAUUUUUACCAUUUAAAAUGUCUUGCUGGACCUUUUCAGAGGCGCUGUCAACAGUUAUUGUUGCGGACGCGGCCUUAUUUGGAGUCGAUCGGACGCGGCGUCACAGCAUCGCCUUCCGCUCGAAACCUAGUGAGACGAACUAGGACAUCACAGGACUCUUCAAGUGUGUCAUGGUGUCUGCUCUGACCGAGAGCAACAUUUAAGACACCAGAGCCUUGUAUGCUCCCCCACCGCCCCCCCUACCCAACUUGAAGACAAUGUGAGGCAUGUCUCAGGUAUUUCCACAGCGAUGGUCGCAAGCUGGAAAGGAUGUGACGCCAGUUAAAUGUCAAACCACAAAGUGAUUUGAACUCAUUCUUGUCAGUUUCAGUGCUGGCAUCAGGCCAGCAUGUAUUGUUUCAGUGUCCAUGUGUAUUUAUAGUUUUUUAAUCUUUUCUUCACGUAAGGAUAAAGGGAAAAAUGGUGCAAACCAAUACUGAGCUGAAAGUGCGCACAAGGUCCGCUGUGGUUUGCCAAAUGCAUUUCAUGUUCUGGCAUGCUUGUCACAUGAGGCGACAGCAGGUUGAAGGUUUCAUUUCUCGUGUCCACACUAUUGCACUGUGACAGCACAACCCACGUUCGGUGGACUUUAGGUCACAUUUAUUCCUACCUAACGGUCUAACACAGUCAAGUAAGUUGACUAACUUGUUUCAAGGAUUUAAUAAACCACACUGUUGUCUUGAAGAAGCCUUUGGUGACCAAACACUGCUCUCUCGACCAUUACGUCACAGGACAAACAGAAAAGUCAUUUAUCUGCUUUUUUUUCCCCCCACGUGUUGUUGAUGUUCCCUUAUUUGACCACCAGACGGUGCUGUUACACCAUUAGCCUCAACUUUAGCUGCUGACCGGGAAACCUGAUGAUGUUCAGUUUCAACUAGUAAUCAAUAAUGUACAUUUUCUUCAAAAACGAUUAAUAAUGAGUGUUGUUACAUGCUCAAGUUAUUUUUUUUAUUUUUUUAAAAGCCAUUGCAGUGUUUUAAGGGAUUUAUAAUGACAAAUUAACCCUUGCUAGAAGAAUAACAUUGUGUGAUUUCCAUCUUCUCACAUAAUACACGCCCUUGUUUAAAAAGUCCAGUUUGUCUUGUUGAACUUAAACUGCUGUGUGUGAGUGUUGUGUAUGCACGUGUGUUUGUAUUUGUAUGUUUGCAUAUUCAGGGUGUCCAAAGUGCAGUCCAUUUGCAACCUGUGGCCCUUUUUUUUUUUAAUUGGCCCACAGUAGAUUCGAAUAAUACAAUGAAAAAAAUAAAAGCAAAAACAAGCAGCUGUAUUUUUAUGAGAAUAAAGUCAUCAUUUUAAAUUGUAAUCUUUUACGAGAAGAAAAAAAGUCAUAA